AUGUUGGGACCAGCUGAUAUAGCUUUAAUCGUUUUAGCAGGCUUUGUUGGGUUAAUUCUUUUAAUUUUUAUAUAUAAUUUAUUUUCAAUUAUUAUAGUCGAAAAAGGAACAUGUGUUAUUGUAGAAAGAUGUGGUAAAUUUCAUAAAAAGCUCGAUUAUGGAAUACAUAUUUUGGGUCCUUUAGAUAAAAUUAAACCAUUAUUAUGGAGAUAUACAACAACAUAUUAUGAUUCAAAUAUUUAUUCAACAGGUAAACAUAAUUUUAAAGUAGAACAAAAGUUAAUAGAGCGUAUAGACACAAGAGAGUCUUUAAUGGAUUUCCCAUUGCAAUCAAUUAUUACAAGAGACAAUGUAAAGAUUAAAGUUCAUCCAAUGUUAAUUUAUCGUAUUGUGGAUCCAAUCAGAGCAGUUUAUGAAGUUUAUGAUUUAGCUUUAUGUGUCGAAAAAUUAAUUCAAACCACUUUACGUUCAAUUAUUGGUGAUAUGGGUUUGGAUGAUACAUUGGCAUCAAGAGAAGAAAUUAAUAAAACAUUAAGUUUAAAGAUUAGCCACAUCUUUUUGAAUUGGGGUUUUAAAUUAGAAAAAGUAGAAAUUUUAGAAAUUUUACCAUCACCAACUAUUCAAGAAGCCAUGCACAAACAAAUCUCAGCAGAAAGAGUACGUAGAGCCACCAUUAUUGCUGCAGAAGGUUUCCGUGAGCAAACAAAAACUGAAGCAGAAGGUGAUUGCCAAGCUCAAAUUUCAAUUUCAAAAGGUAAACAACAAGUUCUUAUUAUUUCUGCCAGAGCUCAAGCUGAAUCUAAAAUUAUUCAAGCCCAAGCAGAGGCAGAAUCUAUUAAAAUCAUUGGUGAUGCUCUCAAAGAAUAUAACAUUGAACCAACUCAAUUUAUUAUUGGUAUGAAAUACAUCAACACUAUCAAAGAUAUGGCUAAAAAAUCAAAACAAGUUUUAUUGGGUUUACCAUAUAGUUCCCAAAUCAUGGGAUCCGCUAAAAAACUAUAA